AUGCUAAGCAAAUCAGAAAAUGCAGUUGACACAUGUGAAGCACUUCUGAGAGCAGCGCACAAGCAAAAGGUUGUGUCAAAGCCUGAGUUCCAAUCCUCCAUGCACAAGAAUAUGCCUACUGUGCUAUCGAAGAAGCCUUAUAUGGGCAACAUCAUAAUGCAUCUCAUGAAAGGCCACUAUUUCAAUGGAUCUCGGUUAGUUGGUGUUCUAUUUGCCAAAUGGUUCAAUGAGAUCACAGAGAACAAGUCUAAGUGCCCAGAAGUGACCAUACCCAUGGUGGUGCUGACAAGCACUGCAGUGUAUGCUGCACUCUCUUGGAAGGCUAGUGGCUGCCCAUCAAAGUUUAACUUCACUGGCAACCAAUUCAGUGAAGUCUACCUCUUACAUGUCAAAAUCCUGGAAGAUCUUAGAAUGAGAGUGCCGAAAAAGUUUCAUAAGCUUAUGGCCAACAUCUUCGAGGCAAUACAGAAGCUUGGCCAUAACACCAUCCCCACCACAUCACAUGCUGAGGCUCUUGCAUUCCUCAAUAUUGAUGGCAUGGAUAGCAAGUAG